GCGUGAUGGCGCGGACGUAGCGUCUUCGGUAGUCCUUCGAGUGAGGGGUGAAACAGGCAUGAUUAUAAAUUCGACAGACCCCGCGGCGACCCUGAGAUCUAUAUAAGAUCAACAAACGCCACGAAAAGCUGCAAUAUCAGCGAACAACAGAUAGUACAAACUCGUGUACCGAUAAUCAAUCCCAUCAACCGAGAGGAGAAUUCAGAAUGAAGGAAGUGAAAGUCUCCAAAGGUCCCACGGCCGUUAUUAACGACGUUCCCCUUCCCGAACCCGGCCCGGACCAAUUAGUCAUCCAGGUCAUCGUCUCAGGAAGUAAUCCUAAGGACUGGAAGUAUGCUGAGUGGAUCGAAGGUUACAGUGCCAACGCCGGCGACGACAUCGCCGGCGUGGUGCACAGCGUUGGUUCCAAUGUCUGGGAAUUCAAGCCGGGUGAUCGCGUUGCUUCUUUCCACGAGAUGCAGACGCCUGGCGGCAGCUUUGCAGAGUAUGCAGUCGGCUGGCAACAUACUACGAUCCAUCUACCUAAAAACGUUUCUUUCGAAGAAGCCGCUACUUUGCCGUUGGCUGCCCUGACCGCUGCUAUUGGCCUGCACACGAAUCUGGGUUUGCCGGAUCCGUGGACGCCUACGAAAGAGAGCAUUCCGCUUGUGGUGUAUGGAGGAGCGGGAGCGGUUGGCGCAUUUGUCAUCAAGUUAGCGCGGCUCGCAAACAUUCACCCCAUCAUCACGGUCGCAGGAAGAGGCGAAAAGUUCGUCGAGGGCCUCAUUGAUCGAUCCAAGGGCGACACGAUUGUUGAUUAUAGGAAGGGCGACGAGGCGGUGGUGCAGGGUAUCAAGGACGCGCUGAAGGGCGCAAAGCUGAACCACGCAUACGAUGCCGUCGCGGAGCAUAAUUCGCACACCAAUAUCUUGAAAGUGCUCGAACCGAAUGGAAACUUGACCUUGGUUCUGCCGAACAAUUUGAAAGAGAUAUCCGACACCGUGAACAAAUCCCUUACGUCAGUUGGCGAAGCACACAAAGCUGAUAAAGACUACGCGUACGUUGCAUUCCGGUACAUUGCCCGCGCGCUGGCAGAAGGCUCCUUCACACCGCAUCCAUACGAAGUUAUUCCAGGCGGACUCGAGGGCGUGCAGACUGGGCUGGAGAAUUUGAGGGACGGCAAAGCCAGUGGCGUCAAAUAUGUAUUUAAGAUCGGAGAGGUUAAGGAGAAGUUGUAAUGAAGAUUGGCAAAUAGGUGUGUGGCAUAAAAGUAGGCCAGACGUUUAGAGGUGCCAGUCAUGAACUGAGUUUUCUGGAAGAAGACCAUAGGCACGUUACCAUACCUCGAUAUUGUCAAUAAAUGAGCUACACAGCAAUCAGUGAAUAAAAGUAUGUUCUUAAUCGCACGGG